ACAAAUUGUAGGGAUAAAAAACCUUGAAGAUCUUUUUACACUGCAGACCUGAUCUGAGAUGUACGGCAAAGAUUCAACAGAGUAAAGCAAGAGACAGAUCUUCUGGUAAGUGCGGCGGCCCCCCCACCCCGACUGAUCUCACCGGCGGUAAAAACGGCUUUUACCCCUCUGCCCAGCCUUGACUCAAUCGCUCAAUGCCAAGGCAUCCAUGCAUCCAUGCAUCCAUGCAUCCAUGCAUCCAUCCAUCCAUAGAUCACAUGUCCCAAAUAUACUAGUAUUAAUUACAUAAAGUGAAAUGGUGUAGCAUGGAGUAGACUCAGAGACGGGAUUGUUGUUGUAAUGUUUUUUUGGUAAGAAGUUGGCGUGGUAGAAACAACAAAACAAAACACACAACUCAGAAAGCCUCUCUCUCUCUCCUCUCUCUCUCUCUGUAUAUGUGAAGUGCAAAGAAAUUCAGGGGAAGAAACUUUGAACUUGAAAAGAAAGAAGGCUGCAAUUUAUCUCACUUGUCCUCCGGGCUGCUUGUUCGGUCUCUCAGAUUUUUUGCAUUACAGCGACAUGUGAAGGGAUUUCUGGCUUAAUAUCAAGCUUGUUAUGUGAAUCUCAGUUUAAUUAGUGGUGCAAAAAUGAAUGUUAAUGGACAUAUGGAAAUGCAUUACCUGGACACCGGCUAUCCUUACCAGCCUACUGAAGGCUUCAUGGGUUUCUUUGACGGUCUUGCUAAUGUACCGAUGAAUUAUGGUCACACCAUCCCGAUGCAUGAUCAGGAAACUGCAUACUGGUCAAUGAACAUGAGUUCAUACAAGUUUUUACCAUCUGGUCCGGGGAGUACUUCUUAUUACGGUACAUAUGAGGUAAAUGAUCAUUUACCAAGAAUGGACGUCAGCAGGAGGUCUUGGGAAUACCCUACAGUGACAAAUCCAGAAGAGCCUGCAACCUCCGACUCACAGCCAGAAGAGGACGCUGUCAUGGAAGCUCAAGCUGUGCCUGAAGAAUGUAUUCAGAAUCAGCAAAAUACAAAUACUUCCGAGCAGGUUGCAUGGCAAGAGGACAUUGAUCCUGAUAACAUGACCUAUGAGGAAUUACUUGACUUGGGUGAGGCAGUUGGCACUCAAAGCCGAGGUCUUUCUGACGAACUUAUUAGUUUGCUUCCAUCAUCAAAGUACAAGUGUGGAAACUUCUUUUUAAGAAAAAAAUCCGGAGAGAGGUGUGUGAUUUGCCAGAUGCAGUAUAAAAGAGGAGAUCGACAAAUCACAUUGCCAUGCAAACAUGUCUACCAUAGCGAAUGCAUCAGCAAAUGGCUCGGUAUCAACAAGGUAUGCCCAGUUUGCAACCUCGAGGUUUUCGGUGAGGAGUCAAGGCACUAGAGCAUCAAUUUCGUUUCCUAGCUGAAGCUGAAAUUUUAUCUUCCUUCCCUUUCAUAUAGUUUGGUUAUUUUUUCUUUGCCUAUACAUAAAGUAGUUGAAGACUAUGGUAAGACUGUGGUCCUCCCCCUUUAUCUCUUUCGUUUAACACGCUCCGGUGAAGUAGUAGAGAAAACAAACCCUAUAAUUCAACCUCCUGUAAGUGAAUAUGAGAUUCAAAUAAGAGAUAAAUUACCUGACAAAUUUAUAUUGUGCGUAAAAUCACUGAUUUGCGUCGAAGCUAGAGGUUUAGUUUAUUUGAGCUUUGUGUUAUUGAAAAUGUUGUUAUAUCAGAUUCAUGUCAAUUUAUUUAGUUAAUUUUGUAGUUUUGUAUGAUUGAUUGAAGACUUGAGGAGAUUGAGGUGGAUC